AUGGCGGUCGCCGAGUCGGAGAGGGUCCAGGAAGCCCAGAAGCUCGCAAAGACGGAUCCAGCGCGAGCUGAGGCCGCCUUCAAGGAAAUCACAUCCAAGCCUCCCAGGGCCGGCUCUGACUCCGCUACGCGCGAGUAUGAGACUGCCCUGGUGAGCCUGGGAGAGCUCUACCGGGAUGCAAACAAGACGCAGCAGCUUGUCAGCUUAGUAAAGGAUAGCAGAGAUGUCUUUUCGUCAUUUGCAAAGGCCAAGUCGGCUAAGCUGGUCCGCCAGCUCCUCGACCUCUUCCGAGACAUCCCUAACAGCACCGACAUCGAAAUCUCCGUGACAAAGGAUUGUAUAGAAUGGGCCACAGCCGAGCGCCGCGCUUUCCAGCGUCAGGACCUCGAGGUCCGCCUCGUCACCCUCUACAUGACCAAGCUGGCCUACUACGACUCCCUGACCCUCAUCAACGGUCUCCUACGUGAGCUCAAGCGUCUCGACGACAAGCUCCGCCUCGUCGAGGUUCAGCUUCUCGAGUCGCGUGUCUACCACGCCCUCGGGAACAUCCCCAAGGCCCGCGCCGCCCUGACGAGUGCCCGCACCAGUGCUGCCAGCGUCUACACGCCACCCUUGCUCCAGGCCAAUCUAGACAUGCAGAGCGGCAUGCUCCACGCCGAGGACAAGGACUUCAACACGGCCUUCUCCUACUUCAUCGAAGCCCUGGACGGCUACCACAGCCUCGACGAGAGCAACAAGGCCCAGGCCGCCCUGCAAUACAUGCUUCUUAGCAAGAUCAUGCUCAACCUAGCCGAGGACGUCAACCAGCUCAUGACGUCCAAGCAGGCCCUCAAGUACGCCGGCAAGAACCUCGAGGCCAUGAAGGCGAUUGCCCGCGCUCACUCGAACCGCUCGCUCGAGGAGUACGAGCGCGCCCUGGCGGCCUACCGUUACGAACUCGGCAGCGAUGCCUUCAUCCGCAACCACCUCCGCCGCCUCUACGAUGCCAUGCUCGAGCAGAACCUGAUCAAGGUCAUCGAGCCCUUCUCCCGUGUCGAGAUCGAUCACAUUGCCAAGAUGGUUGGCCUGGACAAUCAGCAGGUCGAGCGCAAGCUGUCCCAGAUGAUUCUCGACAAGGUCAUUAUUGGUGUCCUGGAUCAGGGAGCCGGCUGUCUCAUCAUCUUUGACGAGACCCAGCGUGACGAGUCGUACGACGCCGCCCUCAGUACUAUUGAAAAGCUGAGCAGCGUCGUCGACGCCCUAUACAUAAACCAGGCAUCACAGCUGGAGUAA